CACGUGAUCUUCUGCAUGUUCUCCUGCAUAGUCAGGAAGAGGACUGGUGGGGUCCAAGAAAUUCUCCUUGACGCUGGGGUGUCUCGGCGGACCGUCCGGGCCCACGGAGACAUAAGACAGUCACUUUAAUUACACCAGUUUCAAACUAGUUACCCUUGGAUAACAGUGCAAUUACAUGAAAGUAUGGCUGGUUAUAAGCCUGUAGCAAUCCAGACAUAUCCUGUACUUGGUGAAAAAAUCACCCAAGAUACACUGUACUGGAACAACUAUAAGACACCUGUUCAGAUCAAGGAGUUUGGUGCAGUGUCAAAAGUAGACUUUUCUUCCCAGCCUCCAUAUAACUAUGCAGUCACAGCUUCUUCAAGGAUUCACAUUUAUGGCCGAUACUCCCAAGAACCUAUAAAAACCUUUUCCCGAUUUAAAGACACAGCAUACUGUGCUACUUUUCGACAGGAUGGUAGACUCCUUGUGGCUGGUAGUGAAGAUGGUGGUGUUCAGCUUUUUGAUAUAAGUGGGAGGGCUCCCCUCAGGCAGUUUGAAGGCCAUACUAAAGCAGUUCAUUCAGUAGAUUUUACAGCUGACAAAUAUCAUGUGGUUUCUGGGGCCGAUGAUUAUACAGUUAAAUUAUGGGACAUUCCAAACUCCAAAGAAAUUCUGACAUUCAAAGAACAUUCUGAUUAUGUGAGGUGUGGAUGUGCUAGCAAACUGAACCCAGAUCUCUUUGUCACAGGGUCAUAUGAUCAUACUGUGAAGAUGUUUGAUGCACGAACAAACCAGAGUGUUAUCUCUGUUGAGCAUGGACAGCCAGUGGAGAGUGUCCUGCUUUUUCCCUCUGGAGGUCUUCUGGUAUCAGCAGGAGGUCGGUAUGUUAAAGUCUGGGACAUGCUAAAAGGAGGACAGUUGCUAGUGUCUUUGAAAAAUCAUCAUAAAACUGUGACAUGUUUAUGUCUCAGCAGCUCUGGACAGAGGUUACUCUCUGGCUCACUGGAUAGGAAGGUGAAAGUAUACAGCACAACUUCCUACAAAGUAGUCCACAGUGUUGAUUAUACAGCUUCAAUUCUGAGUCUUGCACUUGCACAUGAAGAUGAGACAAUAGUUGUAGGAAUGACCAAUGGAAUACUGAGUGUUAAACAUCGGAAAUCUGAAGCAAAGAAGGAUUCGGUGCCCAGGAGAAGGCGGCCUGCAUAUCGAACUUUUAUUAAGGGAAAAAAUUAUAUGAAACAACAGGAUGACAUUUUGAUCAACAGACCAUCAAAGAAACAUCUAGAAUUGUAUGACAGGGAUCUGAAAAACUUCCGGAUCUCUAAGGCACUUGACAGAGUCCUUGAGCCCACUUGUACGGUAAAGACACCCGAGGUUACAGUUUCCAUCAUAAAGGAGCUAAAUCGAAGAGGAGUCCUUGCGAAUGCCCUUGCAGGUCGAGAUGAAAAGGAAAUCAGUCAUGUUCUUAAUUUUUUGAUAAGGAAUCUGUCUCAGCCAAGAUUUGCCCCUGUUUUGAUUAAUGCUGCUGAAAUAAUUAUUGAUAUAUAUCUUCCUGUGAUUGGUCAGUCACCUGUAGUUGAUAAAAAGUUUUUGGUACUUCAAGGACUUGUAGAAAAAGAGAUUGAUUACCAGCGAGAACUACUGGAAACCUUGGGGAUGAUGGAUAUGCUUUUUGCUACCAUGACAAGGAAAGAAAGCACUUCUGUGUUGCAGCAUAAUACAUCUGAUGGAUUUCUAGAGAACAAUAAGAUUGAAUCGUAGUGUCUGCUUAAUAGGAAACGUAAGAACUCCUAACAUGAAAUAGAUUUGAUGCUAUUAACUACUGGGAAGAGAAUCUCUUUGAUACAUUAAAAAAAUCUAUUUGCAGAAGCAAUUUUAUAGAAGAGACUGGAAUAACUAUGCUUGGAAAAUAAGAAACUUUUUAAACAUGGUUUUCCAUGUUCUGUUUUGAAUUAUUUCAUGGCAUCUUCAGCCGGAAGAGAUCUCAGUUUUGGUCAUAGUGUAUGUCCAUCUUGGACAGGUCGACAUUAAUUUUCAUAUAGCUGAGUUCUGUUUCAACGUUUGAGUAGACACUCAGAACUCUGGAGAGGGUUCCGACUUAAGAAUCCUGCCAGAGGAACAGGGCUUUAGUUUUUCCUUCUGUCGUGGAAAAACAAGAAAACAAAUGGCAACGACCAGCGAAUUCUGUAAUCAGUGCACUUGGGGUCCCCAGGCUCCAGCUGAAUGUGGCCCCUUUCCUUGCUGUCGUCAUUUGCCCCAGGUCACAAGUGCCACCUCAGCUGGUAAUUGGGCUGCAUCUGU